AACUUCGUGAGCCCCCAUAGUAACCACACACAUAUGAUAGUAACUGUAACAAAGGAGUAGUCUGAAGUGGUAGUUUAUCAAUAUAUUUAUUUCAUCUAAAUGGACGCGUCGGUAAUUCUGCCCGUGGAAGCCGAGGGGUUUGUCCACAGUCUGGAGACUUUCUCCCUCAAGGAAGUGGGCUCUGCGAGGUGGUUUAGACAACAUGAGUACACCGAGAAACUUAACAUGCAGGCAAUACUGAACGCUUCUGCCAUGCAGGAUGAGUUCGUCAAGGAGCUCCUCGUGUCAUACGGAAAGAUAUCCGUCCUCAUCCAUGAGAUGAUCCUCAUCGAGGUGUGGAAGCAAAAAGUGUUUCCAAUCUUGUGUCAGCUGCACGACUUCAAUCCCAAGAACACGUUUCAACUUUACAUGGUGAUUCGUCAUGAAGCCACGAUCAUAAACCUUCUUGAAACAAUAAUGUUUCAUAAGGAUUCAUGCGAGGCAGCGGAUGACUCUGUUCUUGAUUUGGUGGACUACUGCCACCGUAAACUCACCCUGCUUGCCAGUGGAGCGACCACAGAUUGCGCCACGACUCAUGACCAACAAAACCCAACAUCCUCUAUAGAGGAGCUGCAGAUGCAGAAUGCUGCUCUGGAGUUUGAAAUUUCCCUGAAAGCCGUAUCAGUGCUGCGAUACGUCACAGAUCACACUGACAGCAUCAGUGUUAUCAAUCGUAUGCUGUGCACACAUAACACGCCCUGCGUACUGGUCCAGCUGAUUGACUGCUGCCCUUGGAGUUGCUGCAAAGAUGGUGAGGUACAAAAGUAUAUGAAUGGCAAAUGGCAGAAGAUUCCUGCUGAGGACCAUUUAAAGAUGACUAAGCUGGACGGUCAGGUCUGGUUAUCCCUUCACAACCUGUUACUAAAGGAAGACUGCCAGAGAAAAUAUGACUUCAACAGUUUCAACAAGGACCAGCUUCUAAAGCUCCGGGGUUUCUUGACAGAUGUGUUGAUAGAUCAGUUGCCGAACCUGGUGGAGCUGCAGCGUUUCCUGGCUCAUCUCGCCGUCACUGAUCCAGUCCCUCCAAAAAAAGAGCUUGUUUUGGAACAGAUCCCAGAAAUGUGGAACCACAUUGUCAGGGAUAAUAAUGGGAAGUGGAAGGCUAUAGCUAAGUAUCAAGUCAAAGAAACAUUCAACCCAUCUGAGAGUGACUUGAGACAGCAGGCCCAGAGGUUGGCUCAGACAUAUAACUUGGACGUGAUGGAAAGUUUACUCCCUGAGAAACCAAAGUGUGGGUUCUGUGGGAAAGAGGCUACAAAGAGAUGCUCCCGGUGUCAGGGAGCAUGGUACUGCCACAGAGAAUGUCAGGUGAAACACUGGACUAAACACAAGAAAGCCUGCCAGCUCAUCUCUGAAACUGCAGAGAAGAUUCAGAGUGACCUGCACAUCAACAGCUGAAAGAGAGAGAGAGAUGGAGAGAUGUAUUGACUUGAGAAGAGAUGAGAAGAAAACAAAUCUUCGUCUUUAUUAUGCUGAACAUGUUGUACAGAGAUACUUCUUACUUUAAAUGUUGGACGCGUCUAUGCACCAUCAAAGAUGUUUUUGUUUUUAAAAUGCUGUAAUAAAAUUGAAUUGUUUGCGUGUUUCAUGGCCCAGGAAGUUUUCACACCUUCUUUUUUUACUUCUGACACAGCGGAGGCG